ACGUCACUCAAAUGCAGCAGAAAGGAGAGGAAGAGCUUCUCUGACAGGUGGAGGUGAAACACUUUAACCUUUAAGGUAAUAGAAAGGAGACAGAUGGACGUGAAUAAAGCGGAGCUGUCCGAGAGCCUCGUCAUAUGGCUGCAGACCUUCAACACUCCUGCACCCUGCAGAACAGUGGAGGAGCUGACCACUGGAGCAGCAAUAUCACAGGCACUGCAUCAAAUAGACCCAGUCUGGUUCUCUGACGGAUGGCUCGGCCGCAUCAAAACAGACGUGGAUGAUAACUGGAGACUGAAGAUGAACAACCUGAAGAAGAUCCUUCAGAUGGUGGUUGAUUAUUACUUUGAGAUCUUAGCCGAGGAAAUCUCAGACUUCCGCUUGCCAGAUCUGCCCCGGGUGGCGGAGCACUCAGACCCCGUGGAGCUCGGGAGGCUGCUGCAGCUCGUACUGGGCUGUGCUGUCCGGUGUGAGCGUAAACAAGAGUACAUUCAGAUCAUCAUGACCUUGGAGGAGUCUGUGCAGCAUGUUGUCAUGACAGCCAUCCAGGAGCUCAUGAGUAAAGAGAUCAUGACCCCGUUUGGAGCAGAACUGUCGGGGGACUUGGAACAGCAGCUGAAAAAAGCCCUCGAGGAACUCACUGAACUUCUAGCAGAGAAGGAAGCCUUAGCCCAACGCUGUCAAGAGCUCGACGUACAGGUGGCUGUUCUGCAAGAGGAACGGAACAGCCUGUUGGCUGAGAACGAUGUCCUAACAGACCGAGCCAAUCAGCUGGACACAUUCGACGACCCGAGCACCCCCUCAGGAAGAAAACACAGCCAGCUGCAGCAACAGUUAGAGGUGGUGCAGGAGGAGAACUUCAGGCUGGAGGCCGCUAAGGAUGACUACCGGAUCCACUGCGAGGAGUUGGAGAAGCAGCUGAUCGAGGUUCAGCACCGUAACGACGAGCUCACCAGCCUGGCAGAAGAGUCUCGAGCCCUCAAAGAUGAACUGGACGUUCUGAGGAACUGCUCCGAUCGGGUGGUGAUGCUGGAGGCCUCGGUGGACACAUACAAACGUAAACUGGAGAAUCUCGGUGAUCUGAAGAGGCAGAUGAAGCUUCUGGAGGAGAACAACAUGACCUACAUGCACAACACUGUCAGCUUGGAGGAGGAACUGCGCAAGGCCAACGCUGCCCGCGCACAGCUCGAGUCCUACAAGAGACAGGUCAUGGACCUGCACAAGAAGUUGUCUGAGGAGUCGCGGCGAGCAGACAACCUGGCCUAUGAGAUGAAGAAGUUGGAGGAAAAGCACGAAACUGUGAUGAAGGAGAAAGAGAGGACCAUCAUGGAGAGAGAUUCUCUGAAGGAGAUCAAUGAGGAGCUGCGAUGCACUCAGGCUCAACAGCAUCAGCUCUCCCAAGCAGUUGGUAUUUUGCCUUCUAGCAGCCCCAGCCAUGAAAACCUGGCAGCUGAAUUAAUACCCAUUGAGUACAGAGAGAAGUUCAUCAGACUGCAGCAUGAGAACAAGAUGUUGAGAGUGCAGCAGGAGGAGUUUGAGAGAGAGAAGAUCGCUGCACUGCAGAGCCAGCUGGAGGAGGCCCACAAGACACGCAGUGAACUGGACACCGAGAACAGAUUGAGUCGAGAGCGGAUCAGUGAGCUGCAGCAGCAGGUGGAGGACCUCCAGAAGGCUCUGCAGAGUCAGGCGGCCAAACCCGAUGAUUCAAACCUGAAGCGUAAACUGGAUGCGCACAUGGUCCAACUGAACGAGGCUCAGGACGAAAUCAUGAAGAAGAAAGAGCUGCUGGAGGACCUUCAGCCUGACAACACUCAAACCUCCUUGAAGCUGGAUGAGCUGAAUGCUGCUCUGAAGAAGAAGGACGAUGACAUGAGGGCCAUGGAGGAGAGGUACAAAAUGUACCUGGAGAAAGCUCGCAAUGUUAUCCGAGCGCUGGAUCCCAAACUGAACCCGGCCACCGCUGAGAUCCAGACUCUGAGGAACCAGUUAGCAGAUCGGGACAAGCAGAUGCUCAACCUGGAACGUCAAUGUGAGCAGGCCAAACUGAGAGAGUAUGAAGAGAAGCUGAUCGUCACUGCGUGGUAUAACAAGAGUCUGAACUUUCAGAAGCUGGCGAUCGAGUCUCGUCUCGGCGGCUGCACCUCCUCCGUUCUCUCCCCCGGACAGUCCUUCUUGUCCCAGCAGCGACAAGUCUCCAACGCCCGCCGGGCGCUUUCCACCAGCGUGCCUGCCGCUACCUCCAAGUAGACCUUGUCAAAGAGUCACUCACGUCUCACCUUCCAUUCAGUUAAAGGAGACAAACACUCUCCCUCACCUCCCUCCCACCAGAGAGCACUACAAGUGA